AUGUCUCAUCAUAUCACCGUUCUACCAGCUUCAACUAAAGCUGGUCGAGAAACCAUCCGUGCCCUCUUAGCUUCUAACAGCAAACCCUCUAUUCGAGGUGUUUACCGAGAUCCAUCCAAGGCACCACCCGAGUUCACCAAGAAUUCAAACUUUGAAGCUGUCAAAGGCGACGUUGGAGAUGGCAACAGUCUCGACUUUACAGGCUCAAAUGCUGUCUUUUACAUCCCACCACCUACCUAUGAUGGCACCGAUCAGGGCGAAUGGGCAACUCGAGCUGCUACCAAUGUGAAGCAGGCUUUGAAGGAUGCAAACGUCAACAGGCUGGUCAUCCUUUCAGCCGUUGGAGCCCAGAACUCCAGCGGUAUCGGCGUUCUCAAGUUGAACCAUAUAUCGGAUGAGCUUUUGAAAGAUUCUGUAUCAGAGGUUGUGAUAAUCAGACCUACCUACUUUUUCGAAGAUUUUGCACACCUUCUUGAAGCCAGAAAAGAGGAAAAUCCUACUAUACACUCUUGGAUCACGCCUAUUGAUUACAAGAUUCCUCUAGUUGGACUCAAAGACGUAGCUUUAAACGUCGCAAACUCUCUCCUCACCUCAACUGCCAAGCCUAGCCCGCAUUACUUCAACUUAUUCGGUCCCCGAGCCUACGGUUCUGUUGAUCUCAAAGAUGCAGUUGAGGAAAUCACUGGCAAAAAGGUUGAGCUGAAACUUGUCGAGGAGAGCCAACUGCUGGACUACUGGAAGCAGAUUGUUCCGGAAGCUCAUGCCGAAGAGUUUAAGGAAAUGACAACUGCUGGAUUUUCAGGUGGGGUUAUCGCCAAGGAUUUUAUAUAUGAUGAGAAGACUAUUAGGGGAGAGCAGGAGCUGGUGGACGCUUUACGCGCUUUGUAUAAGAACUAA